GCCGAAACCCAUGAGACUCGAUGAGGCUGACCAAAGGUUCCGAGUCGAGUCCUCGUGGUCACCUGGACUCGAUGAGGUUCCCACUCCGGGCCGAAUCGGUGAGGUGUCUCUGUUCCGAUUCAUGGUCUAGAAUUGGGUCCCUCUGGCUGGUGAGGUGAUUCAUUUGAGAAUGUUUGUUACUGGUCUCCACCCAGUAACAGUCCAAGUCCAAACAUGUCCAAACAUAGUCAUCACACUCUAUUGAUCGUUCCUCUUUUGGUAGGGAUCCCCGUGCUGGGAGCCGGCAUGAAAUCCUGAGUGAGUGAGUGACUUUCACCCAGGGCCCAGGGCCAAACAGGACCCCAAGGGCCCCGGGAUACCCAUCUUCGGCACUCGGCAGACUCACAACGAGGAGCUCUUUAAGCUGCUUGGUCUCAGAAUGAGAAAAAGCUGAGAGAAAACAUUAAGAUACAUUAAGAUACACAUGAAAGGUGGUCAAAAGUACAUGGGGGACAGGCUAGGGACAGGUGCACGAAAUCAUGCCAAAGCUCACAGGUGCUUGUUGCUCCCAACUCGUUUUGGGAUCAUCAUCUACUCAAGCCUAGCAAGGAUGUUUCACCGGUCCCGUGGAUGUUGGUCACUGAGGUCCAUCAGCCGAAUGGUCGCGAAGAACGUGGACGACUUUCAGAAAGAGGAAUUGCAGGAGUUGUUCCAGGCCUAUGAGGCGCUCGGGGCUUCGAAGAGUGAGAUCAAAAAAGCCAUGAACCAGGAAAGUGGAAGUCGUUUCAGCUCGAUGAUGUUCGUCAUGAUUGUUAUUCUGAUUGCAUUAACUUUAAUUGUUUGGCGAAUCUAACCCAAAA